CGUAGUAAGACGUGCUGGUCUAUAACGUGCUCGGAAGGGGAAAAAAUAAGAGACUAUUAAACUUUUUUUUUUUCACCUGUGAGGUGUACUAAUCCAAGUAAACAGUGUAUGACGGUUUCAUUGUGACCUGGUUUAAGUUAUUCGCAGCCUAAGUAACUAAUCAUUAGACUAAAGUACAAGUAAAGUAUCCUGACUCUUGAGAAAACGCUGUACUUUACAUAGAAAGGUUCUUAAGUACUCUAUUCACCCAAAAGGUUAUUCUUAAAUAUGGUGUGCUCAAGAAUCCACGGUAGUGAGGAACGAUGCAGGACACGCUCGUCACUGUCAGAUAUCAGGAAGUAGAAGUUAGCAGGCAACGUAGACAUGUUGUGAAGUGUAGCUGGUUUCCCCGUAUCUAAACUUACGAGGAACUGUCAUAAUGUAGCACUUCUAUUUUGUUUAAUCUCCAUAUUCUUUGAUUAGUCUCGGGUCUUUGCUAAAACCCAGGUGUCUAGUCCGAAGAGGUUUUUGUGCGCCGCGUAAAUCUUUGCUUUCAAAAUGACAACAGUGUCUCAGGACUCAUAUGACAAUUCACGGAACAUAAAUUUUCUGAAGGAGUCUGUAUUUAAAAGGCUUUGUGAGUGUCUCGACAAGGCCAACAAUAAAGGAUGGCGAAAACUUGGGGAGACCGUCAAUAGUGAGCGGCGCUUCAAGGUGAGUUUAGGUGACAUAGAGAUGUGCUCGCUGAAGGUGCUGGAGGUGGAAGGCAGCCCGUCGCGCAGUCUCCUGAGACUCAUGGGAGACCGAGGCUGUACACUGGGUGACUUGGCAGAGUUUCUGAGGAUGAUGGGACACACUGAAGCCCUUCAGUGUCUUAAACCAGGGAUCGAAAUCCUUAUUCAGCCCCAGUCUGUGGCUGUGAUUGCUGGACACAGCAUUCGCCUUAGUUGCUAUGCUGCAGGAAUGUCUCCCGUACAGUACCAGUGGUUCAAGGGAAAAGAAGAGGUUCCCGGUAGCUCCUCUCCAGAUCUCCAGAUCAGUCCUGUCCAGCUCCAGGAUGCUGGCUUCUACAUCUGUAGGGUUAACUGUGGUUUAGCCAAUGUUCACUUUAGCCAGUGGGCUCAAGUGGAUGUACUUGAUGUUAUGCCAUCAUAUGGGUUGAUGUCUCUUCCAUCUGAGGGUAGACUUAGGGUUGUGACACAGCCUAAGCCCCAGUCUCUGCUUGUGGGAGAUGCUCUGUAUUUAGAGUGUGGGGCUGUGGGAAGACCUCUUCCACACUACCAAUGGUACAGGAAUGGCGUUCCACUCAAGAAUGCCACCAAGAGGAAGUUCAGUAUCUCAUACUUGAUGUUGGAGCACCAUGGAAGAUAUCGCUGUGAAAUCUCCUGCAACAGUGAGAAAACAUGGAGUAACGAAGUUGACGUCCUUGUAGGACCAAAGCCAUCCUUCCAGUUUUCAGGGGCCACGGAGUGCUCUGAAGAUGACUUUAUUGCCAUUGGACAGAGUAACAGCCUUGAGAAGCCUUAUGGUAGACAAAGUUUGCCCUCCUGAUUGGGAACAUUGUCUUAUCAGAACCACCCCCAGCUGAAAGCACCCAUGGUGGACGUGUACGACCUCACCAAUCUGCUUCGCCAGCUCAACUUUAAAGUGGUCUCGCUGCUGGACCUGACAGAAUCGGAGAUGCGCAAUGCAGUAGAGGAGUUCCUCUCCCUGCUGCACAAGGGUGUUUAUGGCUUGUUGUACUAUGCUGGACAUGGUUAUGAGAACUUCGGCAACAGUUUCAUGGUGCCGGUUGAUGCCCCAAACCCUUACCGCUCAGCUAACUGCCUUUGUGUGCAGAGCAUUCUGAAACUGAUGCAGGAAAAAGAGACCGGUCUCAAUGUCUUCCUCCUGGAUAUGUGUAGAAAACGAAACUUCCAUGAUAAAGACAUGCCGAAUGUCAUGCUCAAAGUCACAGCUAAUAUUGUGUUUGGAUAUGCCACUUGCCAAGAUGCUGAGGCCUUUGAAUUGAGCUCAAGUGGACUCACCAAUGGGGUUUUCAUUACAUUUCUGAAAGGGCGCCUCCUAGAGGAUGAAAAGAUUACUGUUCUCCUGGAUAGAGUGGCAGAAGACAUGGGCCAGUUUGACCCCACAAAGGGAAAGCAGGCUCUUGAGAUUCGCAGCAGCUUGUCGGAAAGACGGUCCCUGACUGACCCCAUCCUGCCUGGAGACUGCUCAGAUGUAGCACAGGCACAUAGCCUCCUCUGGACUAAAGCACAUGAAUUACCAGAAAGCAUGACUCUGAACUUCGAGUGUGGCGUGCAGAUAAAGAUGGGCUUCGCGGCUGAGUUCUCCAAUGUGUUAAUCAUCUACACCAGCAUUGUGAAGAAGCCAGAGGAGAUGUCCUCCUGCCAAGCUCACCUCAUCAACCUUUCGGACCUGGACCCUAAGAUGAUGAAUAAGCAGACGCCAGAGGAGACUGGGAGCUACCUGCUUUCAGACAGUCUUCCACAGCACUGCCUCUAUACCAGACUCAGCUCACUACAGAAGCUUAAGGAGAAGCUGGUAUUCACUGUCUGUCUGCAGGCCGAAUUCACAUCUCUAGAGGAGCAGGUCCAGUGGACGGUGGAGGUAGAUAUUGGUAAGCCCCUCAUAGCCAAGCUGGACCUGCAUCGACCCACCCGGAGGAACAGCUGCCAGCUGACAUGCCACAUGCCACACAGCCCCUGCACUAGCCCCACCCCCAGCCCCGGAGCCGAGCACAUGCUGCUACACCAGAUGCCGUUCCUCCACCCACAGUCCUGCAGUCCCCACCUCCAUGUCUAUGAGCCCCUGUAUGGAGCUGCUGGAGGCUUUGGAAACACUCAGACACAUGGCCAUUAUGAAUAUCAUUAUGAGAACAUACCAUGUUCACCUUACCUGCCCUUACCAAGCGUGCCCAUCGAAACCACUGACGAUGUUGAAGACAUGCAGAAUAAAUUAAUGGAUAGCUUGCAUUUCUUCAACCAGCCUUGAAUAUGUACCUGGAAUAUAUUCCAUUUAUAAGUAUUCUAAAUGAGAACCCUCAAAACAGAAACUAGACACAAUUUAACCUCAUUUGAAAUUUUUCUACAAUUAAUAUAUUCUCUGAAUAUAUUUUACUGUAUUUUCUGUAUUCUUGGAAUAUUGGUGCCUCUUUAAUUGAUUAUAUGGUGUUAAUUUUGUAGUUUGUAAUUGGUAGCAGUUUACAAUCCACACCUAUAUUGUUAUUCUACCUCUACAGAUUUUAAUGCCUAAAGGUAAAGUCCGUGUUAUAUUAAUUGAAGUAUUAAAUAAAUAGAUGUUCAAACUAAAUA